AUGGGACGUUUGCAUUAGAAAUCAGAGAUUGUACACAUGACGACGAAGCAGUUUAUGAACUUCAUGUGGAGAAUAUGGCUGGCGUUGACAGUUGUCUCUUCAAGAUAACUGUGGAAGGAAAAGUUGUUACAGUGUCGCGAGAUGAACGCGACAAACAUCGAAGACGAAAGCACAUCCUAAAGAAUGUUGGGCAUCAUAAAAAUGAGUUCUCAUCUGAUAGUGAAAUUGAGGGUAAAUCAACGAGGGAGAGGAGGAGAAUACGAAGAGUAAUAGAAAGAGUCAAUCCCAAUGCGCCUCGUCUGACGCAAUUGAUCGCACCACGAUUUAACAAACCACUUGACGACUGUGCCGUUAUGGCAGGGGAAAAGGGUGUGAUGAUGGUUGCAACACAGGGAGAUCCACCUCCCGAUUGUGAGAUUCGUCACGAACCAACCAAUCAGCAUUAUUUGAUCCUGAAAAAUCCCGAUCAGAACGAGGAAGCCGAGUAUGCCUGCCAU